UGUUUGCGGGUAAUGGCGGCGGAGGCGAUUGAAGUUCCCUCCGAUAACUGAAUUUUGUAGCCUCCUAGAUCCUACGUACCCAAGACGCUCUUUGGGCUUGUCAGUCACGCAAUCUUCCUACCCCACGCGCCACAGGUAAGAGAGGAAAAUUGAGUGACGUUCCCAAAGAGCAAGAAGGUCACGCGCCGGUUUGUCACGCCAUCUUGAACUGGCAGCGGUCGGCUUAUAAACAUUUUCCUUUCAUAAAGUCCAUCUGUCAAAACUGCAGAGGUCGCACGUACAUGUCAUCAUAUCUUUUUAUAAAGCUGUGUGGAUGAUUUUAAAAGGAUAUGUCGACUUUAGCAAUAUAUUUUGCCCUCUUUAUCGCAGGGUUAUCGCUGGAUUCCAGUGCUGCUAUGGUAGGAGACUGUAACACAACAUACUUCAUAUCUAACGGCCAGCUAUGCCAGAGAGCGAUGAUAAAAAAUUUACAGACUAAGCUGAAUACAAACUGCAGUAAUGAGUAUGAAAGGGAAAAGUCGUGCCUGAGGAAGCAUAUCGCAAGCUGCUUGGUAAAACUGUAUGUUGAUCCAGUGACGUCACUGCUUCUUCAUCAAGCGUACCACUGUGGUGACGUCACAUAUCAACACUCUCCAAUCAACAAUUAUUUCCUAAGUUUAAUUAAGUGUAAACCGCAAGCAUUUAUGGACACCGAAUUCUGCUGGAGAUCUUUUCGAGAUAGAUUGAAUGCAAACCGGUCUGACCCGUUAUUGUGCAGGGAAUAUGCUGUUGCCAAGGAAUGCAUAACAGAAAAAGCCAAAGCAAAUUGUGAAAUAUGCGAACAGCUGUCGAGAGAUAGUUAUAAUCCAUUCUGUCCAAACAACACAGACCCACCACUGCAUACAAACGGUUGCAAGGAUCUUGCCAGUUCCCUGUCUUGCACAGCACGCUUAAUAUACAAAACUGCCGUGAUUUGCGAGAGGACGUUCUUGAAAAGUUUCAUGGGCAAUGAAAAACCUAAUUGCGGGACUGCAUACACAGAGCUGAGAGCCUGUCUCGAUAAACAGCUAUCCCAGACCUGUAAGGACUACUCGAAUAAUCAACGUCUCAAGGGUGAGGUAGAGAGGGCUGUGACGGCAGUGCUGCGAGGUCGCAGAUUCUUUUGUGAAGCAGUGAACGUACGGAGUAUUGAUCUGGACUUUAAGGUGCGACCUUUAGUACCUUGUAGUAGAGAAUUCUUUCCAGAGAUGGAGAAAUGCGCAAAACCCUUCAGAAACGAAUACGUAGCAGGAAACAGAACGGCUGGUGAAUUUUGCAGGAAUUUUCGUACGGCGGUACACUGUUCCAAUGUCGCACAGAAUUCUUAUUGUAAGUUUGAAAAAGCCGUUGCUUUCAUAAUUGAAGAUUCCUAUACCUCGUUUUGUAUUAAUGGAAGCGAGAAAGAAACCGGAGGAAGGAGCGUCAGUGGUGCAAGUUGUAACUCGGCAGGCUUUGUGUUUAUAAUUUUUGCUCUUGUUCUGCAACUGUUGCGAGAAAUUUAACCUUUUGACGUUUUCACAUUUAACCUGAACGGGCGAGUGGUUGUCUACAGAAACGAAGGAUUAGAUGAGGCACUGCUCGUGGUUCGUCUAAAGACCUUGCAAAAUAGGAAGUUUAAUGAGUGAUUUGUAAAGUGUAUCGUUCAUAAGGUGUUCUAACGUAUACAGUCAUGGUUGUUUCAUUUUCAAAAAGCAUGUAAAUGAAUUCCCCUAUUCCUCAGAAAAUAAAACCUGCGACGCUUA